UUAUGGUAAUGGCAAUGAACUGAUUACUUUAUCAUUAUAUUCAUUUAUUUUUGUCACAUUUGCAUUUGGCCUUACAUUGGGUGUUAUAAUUUCAGUCGGUUUUUUAUUAGGUAUACAAAUUCGAGGUAUAAUUCGAAAUCGUACUGGUAUUGAGGAUUAUAUCGUUGAUAAAGCAAAUGCACGUAAACGAAAUACUGCAUUUAUCUAUCCUUAUGAUUUGGGUUGGCGUCGUAAUAUAUCCGAUGUUUUAUUAACAUGGGAUGGUAUACCAAAAGGAAAUGGAAUUUGGUGGCCUAUCGUACAUUCAACUACACAAUUUACACUUUCGGAGGAACAAUUGUUACAAAAGAAAUACAAGCGAGAUAAUGCUCAUGAAGUUGAAAUUAUACGGGAUUUUUCGGGUGGUUAUUGUUCGUCACUUAAAUUUGGCAUAUCUGUUUGGUUUUGUCAACCGUGGUCAGAUGAAACACGGCAACUAGUGAGGGUUGGCGAACAUUGGAUGGUAACUCGAGUUAGUAAACAUUGGUUUUAUGGCGCCUUACUGAAUAAGCAGAAAACAACGGAAUCGGAAAAAGAAAAGAUUAUUGUGAUUAGAGGAUGGUUCCCACGAGUGUGCGCUCGAAGAUUAUGA